UCCCGAAUCCUUAUCUCCCGCUGAUCCAACUAUAAAUACAGACACAGGCAGAGAAGGUGGCCUACUCAAGAGGAGCCAAUAGCCUGCAGAGCUAGUGCCUCCCUGGGUCCAUUGCACCAUGAAGCUUCUUGCUGUUUUCCUCAGCUUGGCCGCCGUCAUAGGUUCUUCUUCAAGUGAUGAACCUGCCAGCAACCCCCCGACUUGGAAGCAGAUCCUCAGCCCCUUUGACAGUUUCAAGGUUCCCGAGGAGAUCAGCACCCAGGCCGCCGAAAGAUUCAGCAGAGUCCAAAGCCAGCUGGCGGAACUGAAGGACCAGCUUCUGCCGGCCCUCCAGAAGGUGACGGAGGACCUGCAAGAGCUGAAUCGGAAGGUGCAACCUUUCACAGAAGCUCUGGACCUGAAGUUGCGGAGUGGCAUCAGCAAAGUGCAGGAGCGUGUGGCCCCUUACACCGAGAAGCUGCGGGAGCAGGCAGAGCAACGGAUGGAGACCUUGCAGCAGACCCUGGCCUCCGGCAGGGAGAAGCUGACACAGAACGUGGAGGAUAUUCGAGCCCAGCUGGAGCCUCUUGUGAAGGAUGCGAAGACCAAAAUCCAACAGCGGACCCAGGAGUUCCGCCCCGUCAUGCAGCGACUUCACAGCAAUCUCAGGCAGACCUAUGAAAGCUUGCAAGUUUGCGCUGAAGACUUCCAGGGUUGUCUGGCCAAGUUUAUGCUGCCGCCCCAGUGAGAACCCGGUCUAGCAACCAAGGGGUGGUGAGCAGCAGGAUAAAGAUGGAGGGAGUCUGGCCUUUGUGGUGGAAAUUCUCAGACAGGCGCCUAGCAAAGGUUGAAGCUGCUGAAGAGCCACAACGACUUCUUAUGCCUGUAAACAUCCCCUUAAUGGAGCAAUAAAAGAUCUAGCCUUUAA